AUGAGCAGCCUGGCCGAGCUCCGCGAGGGCUACGAGCGCUUCGACCCCCGCGCGUACCUGCGCAACAACUACCUCCCCCCCCGCGCCGACUUCUCCUCCGAGGAGUUCGUGGUGCCCUGGAAGCUGCGAUGCCUCGCCAACACCUUUGCCAGCGGUGAGAUCCGGGGCCAGACCCUGAUCGAUGUGGGCUCAGGCCCCACCAUCUACCAACUGCUGAGCGCCUGCGACCACUUCGAGGAGAUCGUGGCCACCGACUACCUGGCGGUGAACAGGGAGGAGCUGGGCCGGUGGGUGCGGGGGGACCCCGGAGCCUUCGACUGGAGCCCCUUCAUCCAGCACGUCUGCAAGAUCGAGGGCCGCGGGGAGCCGUGGCAGGACAAGGAGCGCCGGCUGCGGGAUCGCCUCCGCCGGAUCCUGCCCAUCGACGUGCACCGCCCGCACCCUCUGGGAGCCCCCCUGGACCCGCCGGCCGACGCUCUGCUCUCGGCCUUCUGCCUGGAGGCCGUGAGCCCCGACCGCGCCGCCUUCGCGCGGGCGCUGCUGCAC